AUGGCUGCUCGUAUUCGUCAUGUUUUAUCCUCAGAAUUGCUUGGUUCGAGCCCGGCUCCACUUAUGAUGGACGUCUUAGUGUUUGGCAUCCGUUUACUGCCGACUCAACCUUUCCAUAGUUCCAGUCCCGGCCGACCGUUUUCACUUCAUCUGGCUAAUUUUCUAAAUUAUAAUUUUAACAUCGGAUCAUACCCUCGACCUCUUUUUGUCGGCUCCGGUUUCCUUGGCUUCGUCAAUCGCCAAUCGCAUCAUGCUCUCCCCAAGAUCCGGCCACUUCCAUUGUUCAUUCCAUGCGUUUACGGUGGCUUGGAUAAUCAAAGUCGGGAUCGGCUAGUUCCUGGGCGCGGCCUAUAUGCCGUGUUCAGACCUACGGGGGCGUUCCUGGAUUCGUCUGCAAAUUAUGCGUUAAUGCUUAACGUAAAGCAACAUGAAAUCGCGGAACGACCAUUGGCCAAGCACGAUCCCUCUUUCCGCUCGGCACUACCGGUCAACAUGCCCACUAGUUCUGCAGCGGCCCGGGUACUUGCAUUCCCUUGA